AUGUCACUGAGGUCAGGCGGUUAUACCGCCGCCAGUGUCGUGACGAAUCGGCGCGCGUUUCCUCCGCACGUCGAUUAUAAUGGAGCGUCACAACCUGGACCCAACUGUCAAACCGUUCUCAUGUCAGUUCGGGUGUCGUUGUGCCACUCUGGUAUUAGACCGCUUCGUGUUCCGGGAGCUGGCAACGAGUCCCUUCGCCUUCAGCUCAGUAUGGACCCGGGGAAGUCCGGGGAAUUCCGUCUGUCGCUCCAAGACUGCAACGAGAAUGGUCGUUGCGUGACUAUUGCAGAGUAUGACUUGAGUUCUAUGAAUUAUGACGUGAAAACACCAAAAUGCCAUGAGUUGAGUCUGGCAGCGGCUCCACAUGAUAGUAUCAGUUUCAACUUUCGCUGUGAGCAGGAGGCCCAGCAGUGGGCAACUGUAAUAAUGACAUCACUGGCUGAAGCACACAAAGCAGCAGCUUUAUACGAUAACGAAGAAAUUCUCGAACUCGAGAACACCUCAUCAUUGUCGCGAUUAGAAGAUGCAUGCAUCGAGCUGAGCCAAGCCAUCGAGGCCGGCGACGUAAAGACGGCGUCCAUCUUUGCUGCCAAGCUUUCCGACCAAAAGGCUGUGCUGAAAAUCCAGCGCACCGCACGACAAUCUGAAGACACUGAAAUCAAUUUGGCAGUUGUUGUCGAGGAUUCGUCUUCAUCAUGUUGCAUCACUAUGAAAGUUUCUCCUGUAAUGACUACUGAAGCUUUGAAACGACAGAUGUUCCUCGAAUACGGCUUUCAUCCAUUGCUGCAGCGUUGGGUGAUUGGCCAAUGCCUUUGCACGAAUCUGCGCUCCCUGGCCUCAUACGGCGUCCACCAGGAUGGCGACACAGCAUUUUUGUACCUCUUGUCAGCAUGCCAUACUCACCUGACUCGCCAACUCCUCCAGCAGGACCAGGAGAGUGCUCUCCUCUCCAGUUCCCUUCCAUCAGGAGGUUCACUUCCUCAUCAUUCUCAUAACGCCACACCCCGUGAACAAAGACUUUAUAACACCUUGCCAACUCGAUUAAAUAGCGGCGAUGCGGGGUCCCAGAGAAGAAACCUCACUGAACAAAUAUAUGCUAAUGUCUCAAGUAUGGAACUGCCUCAACCGAGUUCAGAAUUAAGAAUAAACAGCCCCUCUCCUCAGGGUUGGCCAUGCCCUUCUUGCACUUACAUCAACAAGCCAACGCGGCCCGGCUGCGAGAUCUGCGGCGCAAACCGCCCCGAUUCCUACAUUGUGCCGGGCGAAUACCAGCCAGACUCACUGGAACUCUUAUGGCUCCAGCAAGAGAAGGACGCCAUAAAAAAGUACCAAGAGGAGAAGAAGAGAAGAGAGGAGCUGAGGAGUACAGACACUCAAAACAACCUUACUGCAAAGGAAGAGGAGCGCUUGCAAAAUUUUGCCCAACUGCUUCUGCUGGACGGCCAAGACUUGGUCCCCAAUCCAGAGUCUUUGGACUGCAAGAUCUGCUAUACGGAUAUACAGCCAGGAGAGGGCGCUGUACUCAGGGAAUGCCUACACUGCUUCUGCAAAGACUGCUUACGCUCCGUUAUAAUGAUGAGUGAGGAGCCAGAAGUGGCCUGUCCCUACAGAGAUGACACUUAUGCCUGCACAUGCACCUUGCUAGAGAGGGAGAUCAAAGCUUUGGUUUCACCAGAGGAGUUCGAGCGUUGGCUUCAGAAAUGUCUAUCUGUGGCAGAGUCCCGAUGUGAAGGCAGCUAUCAUUGCGCCACUGCAGACUGCACGGGCUGGUGCCUGUACGAGGACACGGUUAAUGUGUUUGCCUGUCCUGUCUGCACCAAGGCAAAUUGCCUCAUUUGCAAGGCUAUUCAUGAGGGAAUGAACUGUAAGCAAUACCAGGACGAUCUUGCAGCCCGCGCCAUCAACGACUCCGCUGCACGAAGGACAAAUCAUCUACUUCAGACCCUUGUGCAAUCUGGGGAGGCGAUGCACUGUCCUCAGUGUGGCAUCAUUGUGCAAAAGAGAGAUGGAUGCGAUUGGCUGCGCUGCACUGUAUGUCAAACAGAGAUCUGCUGGGUCACUAGAGGGCGACGCUGGGGUCCAAAGGGUCCUGGCGACACCAGUGGAGGAUGCCGCUGCAACGUCAACCUUAGAAAAUGCCAUCCACAGUGUCAAAACUGUCACUGA